AUGUCAUUCAAGAGUAUAGUGAAGGUGAUGAAAGAGGGAAUUAGCAACUUGUAUAGAAUAGUUGUACCAUGUUCUUCACCAUCACCAUCAGCUUCAGCACCACCAAGAACAGAAUCAUCAUCACAAGGCCAGUGGGCUAAUUUACCUUCUGAAUUACUAUUAGACGUAAUUCAACGGAUAGAUGCUAGCGAAACCACCUGGCCAUCUCGCCGAGCACUUGUAGCAUGUGCCUCGGUUUGUAAAGCGUGGAGAGCAAUAACCAAGAGUUUUGUUAGCACACUUGAACAGUGUGGUAUCAUCACUUUCCCUAUAUCAUUGAAACAGCCUGCUCCACGAGACAAUCCCAUUCACUGCUACAUCAGGAGGGAAAGAUAUUCAUCCACAUUUAGUUUAUAUCUUGGAUUGAGCCCACCGACCAACUUUGAUAGGAGCAAACUGCUCUUUCAUGCAAAGAAGGUCAGAAGAGCAACCGGUGGUACAGAGUUUAUAAUAUCACUGGUUGCUAAGAAGUUUUCUAAAACCAAGAAUACAUACAUUGGCAAGAUAAGGACUAAUUUUAUCGGCACCAAAUCCAAGAUAUAUGAACGUCAUCCCCCACUUCCAUUGAGUCGUAAGAUAGCUACAAUAUCUUAUCGAUUCUUUGUUCUUCAUUCACCUAGUCCGAGGCAUAUCGAGUGUACAAUGCACUUGAUUCCUACCUCAUCAAUCCAAGAAGGAGGAACUGCGCCGACUCCUUUGGAAUUUGCCAGUUACCACAUUCAGCAUGAAUCUUCCAAGGGAAAGAAGCCUAAAGUUGUUGAAUUUGACUCAACUUGCACCGAUUUUGAAAGAGAGCCACUGAUUUUGAAAAACAAAGCUCUUACAUGGAGCGAACAACUGCAAUAUUGGCACUUGGAUUUCAGUGGACGGGUUACGGUGGAUUCGGUGAAGAAUUUUCAGCUUGUAGCAGCUGAAGACCCUUGGGAAAAGAAGGUGAUAUUACAAUUUGGGAAAAUUGGGGAUGACACAUUCAUGAUGGAUUAUUGGUAUCCUCUCUCCGCUUUUCAAGCCUUUGCAAUCUGUUUGAGUAGCUUCGGCAAAAAACCAGAUUUUAUAUGA